GUAGCUUAAUAAAAUGUUGUAGUUUAGUGACUUGUAGUUUAGUGAUGUAUUUAAGUGUGAAAUGAUUCACACGUGACUCAGCUGACAAGCAAGAGUGUUGUAACUGUUUCCGUAUUGUUAGGGAUAUUUUACUUGCUCUGUUUUUCUGUAUUUAAUCACUGAUUCAUGUACAGAUUUAUUCAAUUGAGUAAUAUACAGAAGUUUCUCUUCAUUCCAGAAUUCUCUCUCUAGCUUUAGCUUCCUUUCUUCUUCCAAUACUUGCUCUUUGUACUUUCUUAUAGUCCUGGACAAUUUGUGGAUUGAGGAUAAAAAGAAAUGGCUUCUCUUGAGAAAUUUGCUAAUGGUUGGUGCUAGGGGAAGUAGGAUAAUCGUGACCACACGCUCAAAAAGGGUAGCAUGGAUAAUAGGGUCAAUUUCAUGGUAUGCUCUAAAAGGCCUACCUAUAGAAAAGAGUUGGAGCUUGUUUGUAAAAAUGGCAUUUGAACAAGGCCAACUGCUAGAACACCAAGCCUUUAUAAGCAUAGGAAAAGAGAUUGUGGAAAAGUGUGGUGGGGUACCUCUCAUCGUAAGGACAAUAGCAAGCUUGCUACGUUCCAAACCUUCAGAAGAUGAAUGGCAAUCCUUCAAAAACUAUGAACUCUCAAAAAUAACACAACAAGAAGAAUAUGAUAUUUCAUUAACACUUAAGUUGAGUUAUGAUAAUCUACCAUCACACUUAAAGCAAUGCUUUGCUUAUUGUAAAUUGUUUCCAAAAGAUUCCAAAAUUGAUGUAAAAACACUUAUUCAUCUUUGGGCAGCGCAAGGUUUUAUUAAGUUAUCAAAUUCAAAGCAACGUAUUGAGGAUGUUGGCAAAGAGUAUUUUAUGGUAUUACUUUGGAGGUCUUUUUUUCAGGAUGUAAUAAAAGAUGAAUUGGGCAAUAUAGUAUUUUGCAAAAUGCACGAUCUCAUGCAUGAUCUAGCAAAUCUUGUGGCUGGGGCAGAAAGUACCGUGUUAACUUUAAGUGAGGAAAAUAUUGAUGAAAAACUUCGUCAUGUAUCAUUUGAUCUUAGGUAUUCAUUGAGGCAAUUCCCAAUCCCCAUGGUUAAAGGAAUGAAAAUACGAACAAUUCUUGGAGCUAGUGUAGGGCAAGAGUUGGGUAAAUUAACUUGUGCUGCACUCAUUUCAAAUCUCAAUUAUUUACGCACAUUAGAUUUGAGUAAAUUAAAGCUAUGUGUAGUGCCAAAUUCAAUUGGAGAAUUAAAGCAUUUACGAUAUCUUGAUCUUUCUGAAAAUGAAGAUAUUGAAUUUCUCCCUAAUUCCAUUACUAAACUGUUGAAUUUGCAAACAUUAAAACUCAAGUAUUGUAAGUCGCUUAGAGAGUUACCGAGGGAAAUUAAAAAUUUUGUCAAUCUCAGGCAUCUAGAUAUUUUUGAAUGUCAAAGAUUGACUCAUAUGCCCCUUGGACUUGAACUUUGUACUUCUCUUGAGAUACUACCACUUUUUGUUGUAAGCAAGGCUAAGUGUAGUGGUGGAUUGAGUGAAUUGAAGGAGUUAAGUAAUUUGGGAGGAAGCCUAAGUAUUAACAAUUUGGGACAUGGAAAAGAUGACAUGCUGGAGCUGGAAUGUAAAGCUGCAAAACUGAAGGAGAAACAACAACUUCAACAAUUGAAAUUAUGGUGGGACUCGAGGUGGGCUGAAAAUAAUGUAAGUUAUGAUGAAAUGUCACUAGAAAAGCUCCAACCACAUCCAAAUCUUAAAGCUUUGAAGUUGUGGUUUUAUAUGGGUGUGAUAAUUCCAAGUUGGGUUUCUUCGCUCACUAAUAUUGUUGAUUUGGAAUUCUAUAGAAACAGAAACUUGCAACACCUCCCACCAUUAAAUCAACUACCUUUUCUAAAGUCCGUCAUCCUUAAGUAUAUGGAAGCACUUGAAUACAUAUCAAAAGAUACUAUUAGUAAAGCACUUGGUUCCUCAAAAACAACAUUCUUCCCAUCCUUAUCUUCUCUCAUAAUGUAUGAAUGCCCAAAUUUGAAGGGUUGGUGGAGGAAAGUUGAUGGUAAUGAGCCAGGCCAUCUUUUACUACCCUCAUUUCCUCGUCUUUCUUUUUUAAAGAUUACCGAAUGCCCUCACAUGUGUUCCAUGCCCCUGUUUCCAUAUCUCAAUGAAGGGCUUGUAUUAGAUACAACUAGCUUGAAGGCAUUUCAGCAGACAAUGAAUAUGGGAGCAACACAGAGUCCAUCAACAACAGCAACGACAUCAACCUCCGCAACAUUAGAAGAGGUUAACGAUUUAGAAUCUCUUCCAGAGGAGAAGUGUUUACGGAACCUCGUUUCUCUCCGAAAACUCUUCAUUUACAACUGUAAUGGACUCAGGUCUCUCCCUUGUAAAGGUAUUCAACAUCUCACCUCACUUCAAGAGAUGGAAAUCAUGUACUGCAAUGAGCUUGCGCUACUAAACGAUGAAGAUGAUGGCAUGCAAUGGCAAGGCCUUAGGAGCCUCCGUUUUCUUCAUUUAGAGAGAAUUCCAAAAUUUGUGUCUCUGCCAGAUGGGCUUCAACAUGUUACCACUCUAAAAUAUCUCAAAAUUAUUAAUUGUCCUAAUUUGAUGGCUUUACCAGUGUGGAUAGGCAACCUCACAUCACUAACAAAACUUGAAAUUGACAAAUGUCCGGAAUUAGCAUCACUACCUCAAGGGAUUCACAAGCUCACUGUCUUACAAGAAAUAAUAAUUACUGAGUGUCCCCUCUUACAACAAAGAUGCCAGAGGCAAACAGGAGAAGAUUGGCCCAACAUUGCUCAUGUCCCAUAUGUGUAUGUGGAUAAUAAAGCAACACAAAGCUUCUUAAGGAACUUCUUAUUUUCCAAUGGUUGAAUCUUUUGGACCUAGUUGCACCUUCUACUGCUGCAGCCUCUACCUCAUCUCCAAAUACAUCAGAGAGGGGGCCAGCACACACAGGGUAUGGAGGAUUGUGUGAUGGAUGAAUGAAGUGUAUAAAGUUUUUAGGCCAAAGAGAAGCAGUUUGAUUAAAUGUCCCAAAAGUGGAGUAAUUUGCUGCAAAGUAAUGCAGAGCUCUCUCAGCUUACGCUGGCUCUCUCUCUCUUACGACUUCUUCACUCUUGGACUAUCUUUCACCCUUCUCUCUCACGCCUUGCAUUCUCUCAUAGAGGUUCCUAAGACAGGUCUAAACACACCAUUUCAAGGUGGCUUGUUAAAGGAUGUAGCUGAAAGUGUUAUAAAGUGGGCGAAGGAUGGCUUGGAAAGGAGAGGCAUUGGGGAAUUAAUGUACUUGAAUGAGCUAGCAGAGGAUGUUACAACAGGUGUGACACCAGCUGAGAAGCUUGUGCAGAUGUAUAAUGAAAAGUGGGAAAAAAAUGUUGAUCCUGUGUUUGAGGAGCUACGCUACUAAUUUGAACUUGAUUCUCAUGACAAAAUGCCUUUUUUUGUGUUUCAGGUGGCUUUUAGCAGCUCAAGCAUGCAGAGAAGAAGACCUGUACAGCAUCCUUGUGCAUACCAGAACCUUGAAGGACCUUGGGAUUUGUUGAUCAGAAUUGCUAGCAUCAGGAAAAGAAAUCCAGAAGAGUUGCCAUGAAGCCAUUAAUCUCCAAGGAAUUGCCAUUUUCUAGGGUGGUAUUAGUUGUGCAGCAGUCAAUACUUAUGCAGCAUUGCAGAAAGCACUUGUGGAGGCAGCCUUAAAAGCUAAGAGAUUGGGUUUCUGCAGAAUUUUGUUUUCGUGUAGCAACAGUAGGGUAGUACAGGCUUGUAACUGUUUAUGCUCUAAUAGCUAGCAGGAUAUAGUGAUGGUUGCAGAUCUUAGAUCUUUAAAACAGCAGGGUGUUAGUUGUAAAGCCUUGCAUGUUCCUAAAUCCAUUUUGAACUCAGUUUAUUGUAUAGCUGAUCUAGCUACUACCAUCCCAGGAAAUCAUAGCUGGAUUACUCCAGAACUUGUGUAUUGACUUUGUUUUAU